GCGUUGUGAUGUGACAGUUGAUUUCGGUGUUCUGAAAGCGAAACAGCUUUUGUGCUGCUGUACGGUGUCGUGUGAAGUGUGCUAGAAAGAAUUAUUUUUUCUGUGGAUUGUGAUUCUGUUCUAGAGGGCAGAAGAAGACUGUGCUUGAUUGUGGGUUGAUCGUUUGUGAAGUUAGCGAGUGGAAAAGGACUCUGCAGAAGCAACAUGAUGAAGUUUUUGGGUCUUUCGUUAAUCCUUGCAGUAACCAUUCUGGAUCAGACGUUAGCACAGAACAACCAGUAUCUGCCUCCGGACAAGGGUUAUGCCUACGACAAACCUAACCAACCCUUCCCAUCUGCCACGCAGCCGCAGCAGGUUCCAUUCCCUCGGCCGACACCACCGGCCCCUGGCCGGCCAGCGCCAUCCUAUGGACCUCCACCAGCCGGAGGCGAUGAUCACCACCACGAGCCUGGCAUGCCGUUCGAUUUUAAUUACAACGUGAACGACAUCGAAACCGGAAAUGACUACUCCCACAACGCCGUCAGUGAUGGGGACGUGACCCGUGGCGAGUAUCGAGUUCAGCUUCCGGACGGACGAACCCAGAUUGUGCGCUAUACUGCCGACUGGAAAAAUGGUUACAAUGCAGAGGUAUCGUACGAGGGUGAAGCCAAAUACCCCGAAGGUCCAGGUCAAGGUGGUGCCAAUGCUGGUGGAUAUAAAUAUUAGGUUUUCCGGUCUGAAUGUACCACCGGUGCCAGGGAUCAUCAUCAACGCCUCACCUCCACGUGAUAAUAGACCCACGUCGAAUGUCAUUUUUUCCUCAAUCAAUGCAGUGAUCUUUUUUUUUUUUUGUACGCAAGCCACGGCAAACGACGAACGAACAUCGCACACAAUGUCAUUAUGAUUCUAUCCCUCUCCUAAGUUUACCUACUAAGAUCGUUAGUCGUUAAGUAUCAUCAGAUUUGCAGCAGACUGCAUCCUAACUUAUGAAACCCUUUUUUUUCGGCGCACUGCCAUCGUUCACAUGCCAGUAUAGUUUCAAGCUUGCGAUAAACAAGCAAUUUAUUCUACAACUGAAACAAAUGAUCUGCGAAAUUAGAGAGAUAAUCGCAGCACACAAUUCGCGAACAUUCUCGAGCCGUGCAGCGAGUCGAGUUAUCUCUAGUGAUUUAAGUUUAGGAACACACUUGAACCUGUUACUCUUGAAACCCACAUGUAUAGUGUUACGUAUGAUCAUGUUAACGUUUAAUCUAACCUGUACAUGUUUCUCAGUAUAGUCAUAAAUUUAGUAGAUCGCCAGCGGAUAAACGGUUAUAUGUUUGCUUUUAAAACUAUCAACGAACCAACAAACCGGGUCAUACCUUAGCAAAGCGAUAUGCAUCCCACACUCAUAGAAAUUUGUUGCGAAACGAUCGUGGCGCUUCAGUAGGUCAGACUAAGUUAAGUUAAAUUUAGGGUGGUUUACCGGUAAAACAAAACCCAGGAAAACCGAUAUUUUUUUCAGUACCGAAAUACCGGUAUUGGAGAGGCGAAAAAACCGGUAUUUUCGGUAUUUUUUCUUUAAAUUGAAAAAAAAUAUUGAAGAAACUUAUCAAUAAAGCAAAUCAUUUUUUGUUUAAGUAGAACAGCUAAUCUCUUUACACACUCAUACUCACAGAGGCAACGCGUGGGUUUUGAACCUACCAGUUUAACUAUAAAUUAUGAAAAUCAUAGUUUGAGGCAGUAAUCACAAUCAUGUCAACAAAAAUACGCGUCAUUAUUCAUUUUGUGCUAUUUAAAAGUAAAACUAAAAAAAUAAUAAAUAAAUAUUAAUUUGGAUUAGGAAUUUAUUUUUUGUUGAUACAAAGUCUUUACAGGAUGAAAUAAUCAACCAAUGAAGAAUUUCAUCCUAAAAAUUACUGCUCCUUGAAAAAGUGAAAUUUAAAUAGCUGUAGCAUGGUCAAAGCUUCGUCGCCCGUACCGCAGCGGGCUUUUAUUAGCAACUAGCUGCAUGUACCCGGCCUCAUUCGCGUAGUUUCUGCUUUUUCUAUCAUUUUCUAUAGUUUCUACCAAACUCUCAUUUCAAAUGUUUAUCUCUAUUUCAGUUACAAACUUGUUCAUAUGCCUCAUUUUUCGUUUCUCCAUCAGGAGCUAAAGUUAAUAAAAUAAUUAUAAUAAUAAAUAAUUUGGACGAACUGUUUAAAGAGCAUCGAACAGAAUAAAAAAGUAUUUACCUUCGAUUCAUUCGGAUUCGUAAAAAGUAAAUUCUGGUCUGAUCGUGAUUUUUUUUACUUCAUUCAUAAACUCUUCUCAACAAUUUCUAAUAUUGUUUUUCUACGAAUUUUAAAGUUAUUCACCAAUUUGAAAAUAAGCUUUGCGAUGUGAAAGGAAAUUUAAAAAAAAACUGCUUGUUUUUUUGAUAUUACAUCAGUUUUGAAAUUAUGUUCUUCGUAAUCAUAUCACUAGACUCAUUCAUUGGAGUUUUUCCUACGCUGUUAUGCAGUGUUGUAUCUGGAUCAUAUACCACAAGAGAUCAAAACAAUGGUCGCAGAGGUCCUAAUCUUACAAAAAAAAAUCUGGAUCGUAAUGAAGCAUAGAUACUCAUAAAUGCAAAAAUAUAAUCAUGCAGCGACACGUCUAUACAUAGAUGCAACCUUAGACACUAAGCAAAAAAUAAAUUUCAAAUCCAAAUUUAUGAAGGUAACGUCUUCGGCAGUAGCUUACUUCGGCAGGUUUUUGCAUAAGACUGCGGCAGUAAACCGAAAAAAAACCACUACCGGAGACGUCAUCGGACGAUCAUCAUUACUUCCCCAAACUAUGAUUGUAAGAAUUUUGUAGUUGGAAAAGCAGGUUUAAAGACCACGAGUUUGUAUUGAUCUGAAAAAAAUAUAAAUACCGAUUUUUUACCGGUUUUACCAGUUUUUAUUUUAAUAAAUACCGAAAUACCGGUUUUUCGAAAAGUCGGUAAUACCGACCACCCUAGUUAAAUUCCAAUAUCGAAUUACCAGUCGAAAAAAAUAAGUGAUUUUUGAUACCGUAAAACUGCCAACCAAUUGCAGAAACCAUAACACUGAAAAUGCAUUUUUGCGAGGCGUUAUUAGGCGGCGAGAGUCAGUAAAAACCAGACGUGGAUUUUACUCAAGUUUUUCGGAUAUGCGAUCAUCUUUUGAGAAACGUGGUAAAAUGUUGCAGUUAAGCACUGCAUAAAAAUGUAUGAAAAGAAGCAAAAAUGAGCAAUAAAAUGAUACAGAAUUACAUUACUUUUAUGAUUAGUUCCUUUACAGUCACUUAUCCAGAUUUAAAAUACAAGUUUAGUCGAGAGGAAAAUCUUCGAAACAAUAAUCCGUCUCUCACUAUCUUUAUUAACCGUGUGUAACUUUUAACACUAUUUAAUAGUUAUGGGGGUAAUCUACAACGGUGUUGGAAACAACAAACUAAAUUAACAUGAUUAAUCGGACCAAUUUGGACUAUUUGUAAGGUACAUCAAUUAUCAUGUCACAUUUUCACCAUGAAAAAUAUUAUCGAAUUUAUCGAAAGAGUCUAUCUGACUAGUUUACAGAAAUAAAAAUUUACUCGUGUCAUA